CCCUCCCUCUCUUUCAUAGAGAGCUCGGUGAUGUCGCUCUGUCUUUAACAAGCUUGACCCAGAAGCAGCAGAAGGAGGGGGACUAGAGGGAGAAACGCGACAGAAGAUAAAAGCCCUGAACAGUCUGGCAUCGGGACUGCGUUUCAACGAACAGUUUAUUCCUCCCUAUUUCUGGCCUUGGUGUUUGGGUGAACUUUUACACAUGAACAGCUAGAUCUCAUCUUCUGAUCUCGGUGUGACUUCUCACCUCUUCUGCCAAACGACACCCACAGGUGAAGUGUAUGGAGCAGUGUGAGAGCGCAGCGGCUCUGCUGGAGUCGGUCAGAGAGCAGGAGGUGCAGUUUGAACAGCUGACCAGGGCACUUGAGGAGGAGAGGAGGAGAGUGGGCCUCUCUGCCACCAGCCCCUCAACCCUGGGGCGCCCCCUCCCUCACACACAGAACGGGCGUUUGGGGGAUGCAGACAUAGAACGACUGAAACUGACUGACUCGUAUAUAAACGGCACACAGUACAGGAUGGUGGACCCUGCACACGGAGUUGUGGACGACAGCUACACACCAGACGAUGACUCCCAGGAAGUGCACUCAGUUUUCUCUGAUGAGGGAACCGCACGGCGGCCAGAAGGUUCUCUCCCUCAUAUGAAGAAACCAAUCUCUCGCUCUGUCAUGCCAUCAGACUCCAUGUCCAUUGAUGGGGGCUUGUCCAUGUCUGGUAUGGGCGGUUACAGCGCCACUCUAGACCGUCCUUACAGGCCACCUGUUGCUGGGGACUACCCCACAGCCACAGUACCCAGAAAUUACCACUACGGUCCAAUUGGAGGAUACGAUGACUACCGUGGCGGCCCGCCGUCAGAAGCAUAUACCAGUCUGAGCAGAGGAUCGCACAUGGAUGACCGAUACAGGCCAGUUGAUGGCUACAGGACUCUAGACUCUGGCUACCGUGCCCCAAGCCGUCAGCAGCUUGACCCUUAUGCAGCCCAACCCCAGGUCAGCAGGGGGAUGAGGGCCUUGGGAUCAGCGAUGGAGAUGCGUUACGGCCAUGGCCAUUACAAUCUGGAGGAUGAUCAGCGCAGCGUGGGAUAUGAUGACUACGGAAUGGGUCCCCCGCCCAUGCAUCCUGGAGGCUAUGGAACCAUGCCACGUCUGGGGGGCGGCCCUGGAGGCAUGGACAGGCGGAGACUUAGGAGCUGUGAGGACACUCUGGAUGGCGACAUGGGCGGUGUUGAUCCAUAUACCUGGGGGGUUCCUAUGACAAUGGAACGGGGCAGCAUGGCAUCACUAGACAGCACACUAAGAAAGGCUCCUCCCAGUUCCUGGCGUCAGCCUGAGCUGCCUGAGGUCAUCGCCAUGUUAAACUACCGUCUGGAUCCUGUCAAGACCAACGCUGCAGCCUACUUGCAGCAUCUCACAUUCAAAAACGACAAGGUUAAGUCAGAGGUGCGUCGCCUAAAAGGUAUCCCAUCCUUGGUGUCAAUGCUGGAUCAUCCCAGCAAAGAUGUGCAUCACGCUGCCUGUGGUGCAUUAAAAAACAUUUCAUACGGACGGGACCCAGACAAUAAGAUCGCCAUUAAGAACUGUGAUGGAGUUCCUGCUCUGGUCCGGUUACUUAGGAAAACUCAUGAACAAGACCUUACUGACACUAUCACAGGCACUUUGUGGAACCUCUCGUCACACGACUCUGUAAAGAUGGAGAUUGUGGACCACGCCCUGCAUGCCCUGGCUGAUGAGGUGAUUGUUCCUCACUCUGGUUGGGAGCGAGGCAGCAACGGUGCGGAUGAGAGCUGCAAACCACGCCAUCUGGAGUGGGAAACCGCCUUAACCAACACUGCUGGCUGCCUUAGGAAUGUGAGUUCAGAACGCAGCGAGGCCAGGCGGAAACUGAGAGAAUGCACAGGAUUGGUUGAUGCACUCAUGUACAUCGUCCAGUCACAGAUCAAUCGCAAAGAUGUGGAUAAUAAGCUCGUGGAGAACAGUGUUUGCCUCCUGAGGAAUCUGUCCUACCAUGUUCACCGUGAAGUCCCUGGCUGUGAACGUUAUGUGGAAAGCGCGCCCAUUAACCAGGGUCCACCCUCCUCUAACAAAGGCGGCUGUUUUGGUUCUCGAAAGGGCAAAGAUGAGUGGUUUUCCAAAGGAAAGAAAGACGGAGAUGAUGGAAGUGGAGAUCAGGUGGAUAUUCCAAAGAGAACAACACCAGCCAAAGGUUAUGAGCUGUUGUUCCAGCCAGAGGUGGUUCGUGUUUACACAUCGCUGCUCAGAGAAAGCAAGAAUCCUUCAGUGCUGGAGGCUGCUGCUGGUGCCAUCCAGAACCUGUGUGCUGGACGAUGGACCUACGGUCGAUACAUUCGAGCCACUGUGCGUCUGGAGAAGGGUCUCCCCAUGAUGGCAGAACUUCUGGCACACGGCAAUGAUCGUGUGGUCAGAGCAAUGGCGGGAGCCUUAAGGAACCUCGCCAUUGACAACCGCAACUGUGAACUUCUUGGUUUGCAUGCAGUGCCUCACCUUGUGGCCAAUCUGCCUGGUGGCCAGAGUCAGUCAGGUCGAAAUCUGUCAGAGGAGACCGUUGUGUCUGUACUGAGCACGCUCGCUGAGGUCCUAGGCAACAGUCUGGAGGCGGCAAAGACACUGCGGGCAUCACAGGGCAUUGAGAGGCUGGUCCUUAUCAACAAAGAUGGUAAACGUUCGGAUCGUGAGGUGCGCGGGGCAGGCCAGGUGCUUCAGCUGGUCUGGGCCCACAAGGAGCUGCGUCGGCCGCUGGAGAAAGAUGGCUGGAAGAAGACGGACUUCAUGGUCAACCUCAACCCCAACAGCAGCACAACCAACGGCCCGAGCACCCGAGCUAAUGGCACCUAUGAAGACAGCACCACACCACUGCUGGACAGAGGGGAGAAGAGAGACAUGAUUCCCCUCAAUGACCUUGGACCUGAGGCUUACCAUACACUGGACCAGAGGGAACGAAGACACACUCUGGAUGAGACCACAGACACUUUACCGCGAGGGGUGUAUGGGGGCAGGAAGGGCUCCCUGCCUUUGUUGGACUCCUACGAUGGUUAGCCCUCCUCCCUUCCCUUCAUUCCCCUCUGCAUGUGACAGCAUGAAAAACUGAUCGACUGCAUCACUCAGUCUGGGCCACCCCUGCCCUUCCACUGCUACUGAGGAGAGAAAACCCACGCGCACAGACUCUCUCCCUCUCCCCCCCGACCCCUCUCUUCCUCCCAUUGCCCUCUAUCUCCACACAGCCGGGAUGAGAAGAUGAGAGUCGGCAUCCAAAGAAAGUGGUCGUGUUGCAGGCAGAAAAUGUUUGGUGCAGCACAGAUACGGAUCUGUUAUUUUGGGGUUUCUUUCUUUCUUUUUUUUUCUUUUUUUUAACAAUUCUUUCAAGUGUAGCAACAAAUAUCUAUAUAUAUAUAAUAUUCUGUUUUAAAUUAUAGUUCUGUAACGGCAAUCACCAUUGUUGACAAUCAUUUAAGUCUGGUGUUGUCAUCCUGCUCGUUUGUUUCCUCUUGAUCUACGUCUCGACGUUUUUUUGAUAAAUCUUGUCUUGGUCGACAUGUUGCUGCCAACACCCGUAUCCUAUAACGACGAAUUUGUAUGUAGUCUUCUAUGUAGGGUAUAUACUGUAUAUAAAAAGAAAAUGGGAUGACUGCAUUAGUUUUGGCGCAUUUAUUUAAAUUGUCUCUUGGCGGGGCUCGUUUGGAGGUUUGACCAGUGAAGUCCUGUAGAUGGAGAAUGUUUAUAGAGGAGUUAUUUUCAUGACUAGAGGUAUUUUCUCUCUGUUGAGACGAGCUAAGGCAAAGACCAGAAGAGUGUGUAUAUUUGUCAUACAGUGAAUCUGUGGCUCUGUGUGUGUGCGUGUAUUUGGUAAACAUUAAUACGGACCUUUUUGAAUAAAUGUGAUUGUUUGUGUGAGAGUGUGUGUAUGCAUGGAACAGACCCCUGAGAUCACACGUUGAUUAUUUAAUCAGGUUGUUUUGUCUUUUUAUUGUAUGCACCAACUUUUUUUAUUAUUAUUAAUUUCCUGGUUUUAUGCAUCAACUUCCCUUUGUUUGAUACUUUAAUUUGUUUUCCUUCCCCCGAAGGAAGGAAUACCAACACAGUUUCAUCUCCUGAUUCAACCUGAGAAAACACACGCAAACACCACUAAACACCCAGACCUUCUGCUUAAGAAACCAUUCCUUUUGCUUCUCCUUAAGGAUAUGUUACACAUCAGGAGGUCCUGUAUGGACAAAUACUCUACAGACGUACAAAGGAAAAUCACUACAUGCUCUGGAUCUUAGCUAAUGGGAGGCGUCAACAGUCACUCAGAGGAGACUCGAGUUUUAACUGACAGAUUUUGGAGAGAAACUAAUGUGGGAAAAUUUCAAGUUUGGUCAACAAAGCACAUUUUCAUGACUAAGUUUUGUACUUUUCUUCUGCCUGGUGUUUUAUUUGGGGCUUUUUACAUGGGAGUGGUAUGCAAUUUUUUUUUCCAUUUGUAGUCUCAGUUUUACUUCUGUUUUAAAGGCAAAAGAGACCAAUCAUCUUUGUGUUUUUUUUUACUCUACCGACACAACAUAUUUGUACUGUUGCCUAUUCGUGUAAAGUUUCGAUGUACCAUUCAUAUCUGCCUUGGCUCUGAGAAGUUGCUUUUUCAGUGAAGUAUGUAACUGGUUAUACUGUUUUUUUUAUAAAUAAAGAUCUUUUCUUAGACAA